AUGCAACCAUACGCAGGGGUGACAUCUGUUGAAAAUGCUUGUCAUUUCCUUGCUGAUAUUAUCCGAAAUAAUAAUGCCGAUAUACCAUAUGCUAUAUUUUAUCUUGUGGAGAACCAAGAAGAUGGAUUCAAAAACAAACCAAAAGGAGCAUUUUUACAAGCCACAACAUUCGAUAAUGGUCUAGUACGCGUCAAAAGAACUGAUGGGCAUGAAGAAUAUAUGUACAUACCCGGACAAUCCAGCAGAGAUGUACCUGACCAUUUGUUAAAGACGCCUGAUGUAAUAGUCAUGCCUAAUUCUGAAGAAGAUAUUGCCCGUUUGGAUACAUAUUCAACCAGUGCUUCCCCAUGGCCAGUAGAACGCGUAAUAUACAGUGGCGACGAGAUAAUUGUACGGUUGCCUGAUGAUUCACUAGCUGUGUUAUAUCCAGUGACUUCGAUAAUUGGUGGAAAAGACAAAUUGACAGCCGUAAUGAUAUGUGGCAUCAAUCCAUAUAAAGCACUCGAUGAAGAAUACAAAAAAUUUCUCCGUCUCGUCGUUAGCAAUGUGAGUUCCGUCUUUACAAAGGCUCGAUUGCGAGAAGAACAGCGAAAACAAAAAGAUAGGCUGGCCGAACUGGAUAGACAAAGAAUUGCCUUUUUCGAAAAUGUCAGUCAUGAAUUGCGAAGUCCCUUGACUCUUAUGCUUUCACCUUUGGAAGAAGCAAUAGAGUUAUGUCAUGCGCAAUCUCCAAUGUUAAGCAAACUCAAAUUAAUUCAGAACAGCAACGGAAGAUUACUUAAGUUGGUGAACAACUUGUUUCAGUUCGCUCACAUAGAAGCAAGCCGACUUCACGCAUGGUUUUGCGAAACGCAAAUUGCAAAGUUAACACUAGAAUUGGCAGCCUGUUUCGAAAGCAUGGCUAAAGCGCUUGGCCUAUAUUAUAAGCUCGAUAUUCCUGAUGAUGAGGAUCUCGUCAGUCAAUUGAAUCAGAAAAUUUUUUUAGAUCAAGAAAUGUAUGAAAAGAUACUAUUUAAUCUAUGUUCGAAUGCGUUUAAACAUACAAUGACCGGUGGGGUAACUGUUCGAUUGUUCGCAGAGAGAAACGGAGAUAGGGAAGGGAUAGCCCUUGAAGUAUCUGAUACAGGUAUUGGUAUCGCGGAAGAACAUCUCUCGAAUAUCUUCCAGCGUUUUUACCGCGUCGAGUCGCAACGUUCACAUGACCACGAAGGUACUGGGAUUGGUCUUGCUCUCGUUAAAGAACUCGUCGAACGACACGAUGGUGAAAUCUCUGUUAAAUCCCAAGUGAACGUUGGCACUAUCUUUCGUGUUUGGAUUCCUUCUGGAUAUGAUCACCUUCCCCAGCAACAAGUCUACUUUAGAAGCAGAGAUCAAUCUACAGCUGGUGCAGAAUAUGAAAACCAAAUUAAUUCGAAUAUAAACUUGUACUUGUAUGAGCGCAUGCAACGUGUACAGCAAUCAGAGUCUAGUCAACUGGCCAAGGGAGAUGAUCGAUCGGCCAAGGGAGAUGAUCAAUCGUCCCAGGGAGGUGAUCAAUCGCCCAAGGAAGAUGAUCAACACAGCCCGAUGCAGACCGAUGAUGAAAGUUUGUCUUCUACAUCAUCACCAGGGUGGUCAGCAUUGCAUAGGGAACCUAGUUACGUUGAAUUUGAGAGUACAAGGAAAUAUAUUCUAGUCGUCGAUGAUAAUAAUGAUAUGAGAAACUAUUUGAAAACUUUGAUCGAGAAGCAAUUUGAUUGCAUUUGCGCUGAUGAUGGCUUUGAAGCGCUCAAGAUCGUAAACAAUUCAUCACGGUUACCCGAUCUUAUUCUUAGUGAUGUUAUGAUGCCUAACAUGAACGGCUUUGAACUACUGAAAGCACUGCGUGGCAAUCCAGCAACACAGGCGAUCCCCGUGAUACUAGUAUCAGCUCGUUCGGGAGAAGCUAGCAUUGAAGGAUUGGAAAAGGGUGCAGAUGAUUAUAUCAUUAAGCCGUUCAACGCUCGUGAACUUAUGGCUCGUAUUCACGUGAAUCUCAAACUUUCUCAUGUCCGCCGUCAAUUGAUGGCAGAACAACAGCAUCAGCUUGAAAUUAAGCAGUUACUAUUUACGAUCAGCAACAAAAUUCGUUCUGGUUUUGGAAUACAAGAAACUCUUGACAAGGCGGUCUCUGAAAUAAAGAAGGUUUUAGCAUGUGAGCAUUUAUUAAUAAUACAGAAUAUUUCCGAGAAAGAGAGUAUUAGCGGUAAAGUUAUGGCUGCUUCACUGCUUCCAACGGAUAAAGCAGAGAAGAUUGUUGGGUGCAUAUUCCGCGAUGAGCAGCAACAAACAGAGUCUCCUUUUCAUCAUUGUGAUGGCCACAUAGCACCGGAUUCAUUGCUAAGUGAUAUAAAAGCUUGUUCAGACUGUGAAUCACAAGUUUUAAAUCAACGCGUGUCCUUUCUUAGCGCAAUCAUUCAUUUGAAAUCAUCGCCGUGGGGUUGGAUAAUCGCUUACCGACAACAAUGUCAUAAAUGGACAGAGUCUGAGACAAGUUUUCUGCAACAAAUCUCAAAUCAAAUAAGUUUGGCCAUUAGCCAUGCUACCCUUGUCGAAGAAAAAUUAAAACGAGAGGCACAAGUAAAGGCUAUCGAAGAGACUAAUAGAGCUAAGGGUCAAAUAUUAGCCAACACAUCUCACGAACUUCGCAACUUGUUGGGAGCAAUUACUGGAGCGCUUUCUGCUUUUGAAGUAACUCAGCUUACACAUGACCAAAAAGAUAUGGUUGAAGUAAUGUCCCGCGCAUCCGAUGUGGUUAUAUCCGUAGUAAAUGAUAUCCUAGACGCAGCCAAAUUGGAUGCGCGCAAGCUCACAUUGGUAAACCGCGUCUUUGACUUAUGGGCACUCGUAGAAAGGACCGUGACAAUGUUUGGCGAGCGUGUUGGCGCGAAGGAGCUUGAAUUGAUCGUUUUAUAUGACCCAGAGACUCUUUCGAGAUAUGUAAAGACUGAUCCAGAGCGGCUGCAACAAGUUAUAAUGAAUUUGUUAUCUAACGCAAUCAAAUUCACGGAUAGUGGUGAAAUUGUAAUAAAGUUAUCAAUAAGAAACGGCGAAGACAUGGCAAUAGAUGAUAAUCCUGACUCGAACAAACUUUUGUGUGUGGAAAUAUCGGAUACUGGUGUUGGCAUUGACCCAGCGUCGAUUCAUCACAUUUGGGAGAACUUUUCGCAAGGAGACGCUUCGAUGACUCGCGGCCGAGAUGGAACUGGUCUAGGUCUCUCUCUAUGCAAAAGCCUAGUUGAACUAAACGGUGGUGAAAUGAUGCUUGAAAGUAAAGUUGGCGCAGGCAGUAAAUUCUGGUUUACAUGGAAUAUUGGAAACAUAUCCUUACCGUCAAUACCCAAGCUACUAUCUCGAAAUGACAAUCCCAAUUUGCAAGGUCAACCGAACCGGGUUAGAAACGUUCUCAUAAUUGAUCCUCUGGAGGCAGCAAGAUCAGCGUACGCGACGUUGAUCAAGGGAAGCGUUGAAAAAGUAUAUACGUACGCAGACUAUGCGAGUGCGCUAGAAGCAGCCAAAGAGCACAAAAAGAAACAUAACGAGCCUCUAUGUGAUUUGGCAUUUUUGAGCGUGAGUAACAGUAAUGCUGCACAAGUUGAGGAUACAGCCAAAGAGCUUAAGCAUAUCUGUGGAAACGAGUUAUCAAUUGUACUGAUGGUGUUUUGGUCGCUCGGAGGUUACGCGCUUGGAAAGAGUAUGAUCGAGAAAAUAGGAACAAAUGUUGCAGCUAUCUGCAAGCCGGUGAUGCACAAGUGUGUGACGGAUUGUAUAUCUAAUUUCGACGCGUUUUUGGUUAAGCCUGGAGAUAAGGAUAACAAGGAGGAGAAAAAUAGUUUAUCGACAUACAGUAAAUUCUACAAUCAUAAUCGACCUGCAGUCUGUUAUCCGACGAAAAGAGAUACAAGCGAACCAGUCAUAGUUCGGGGUGUUAUGGCAUCCUCAAAAAUUGCCAACACACGGCUUGUUCCAACGAAGAGAUCCGCAUCUAGCGAAUUGAAGGAUCAAUCCGGUAAUGAAGAAAGAGCAAGCAAAUCGAGCAGAAUUGAAAGUUUACCCAAAUGUAUUCUCUGCGUGGAUGAUAAUGCGAUUAACCAAAAAAUUGUCAAAACUCAGCUGGAUAGAUUAGGUUAUCGCUAUUUAACAGCAGAAAACGGAAAAGAAGCCGUUGAAUUGGUACAGAGGCAGUAUGAGAACAGUCAAAUCGGUAACACGGAUAGCAGUCAGUCGUUAGAGUCCAAACUGGGGAUAUCAUUGGUGUUGAUGGAUUGUGCUAUGCCUGUAAUGUCAGGGUUUGACGCAACACGAGCAAUUAGGUCGUUAAAUCCGGAAUUUCAGACGCUUCCAAUUGUGGCCUUGACUGCAUGUGCAAUAACAGGGACACGCGAACAAUGUCUAGAUGCUGGUAUGAAUGACUAUUUAACCAAACCACUCAAGAUAAAACAAUUGAAGGAAAAGCUGACUGAGUGGUUGGGUACUUUGCUUUCGCAAACAUUAGCAGCGUUUGAAACCUUUGCGGAUGUGUGUCGUUACCCGCCAAGUGAUCUUUCAAAUAUACUGAAAUUAUCCGAGAAUGAUACUCAGGAGCUAUUGAAAAGUGUGUCCGAAGAAGUAUACAAAACACGGCUACGACCGACAACAGCUCUGCAACUACUCGAGGCUAAUAGACACAUCUUGUUAACAACGGGUGACUCUGUGCUUGACGAUAUACUCGGUGGCGGAAUACUAUGUCAAGGCAUCACUGAGAUUGUAGGUGAGAGUUCUGCUGGUAAGACUCAGUUAUGUCUUCAGCUAUGUAUGACGGUCCAGCUACCACCAGAAUACGGCGGGCUUAACGGAGGUGCAGUCUACCUCGCAGCUGAUAACCCAUUUCCCAUAACUCGAUUUUAUCAACUCUCAUCUUCAUUCCAUCAUACGCAUCCAUUUCUAUCUGACCUCGAUCUCGGAUCCAACGUACAUGUCGCCCGUGUCCUGGAUCUUUCUUCCCAGUAUCAUAUAAUACAUUAUCAACUCCCAGUGUUAUUAUCUAGAUUUAACAUACGACUUGUAGUAAUUGAUUCGAUCGCCGCAAAUUUUCGUAGUGAUGAAAGUUUGAUGGGUAUCAGCUGGCAGGAGAGAGCAAGAAACAUAUGUGAAUUAGGAGCUAAAUUGAAAGAGUUGAGUGAUAGAUUUCGAGUCGCAAUUGUUUGCGUUAACCAGGUGUCUGAUUCUAUAAAAGACGAGGACGAUUGGAAAGAUGAGAAUCCAAGAGAAGGGAUAGAUGUUGAUAUUCAAAAUGAGAACAGAGAAGAUGCAUAUGGAGAUGGGGAGGAGAGACAAAAAGUUGGCGGACAGUAUGUCGGAACGUGUGAUUAUGACUACCGUCGUUACCAGAGAGUUACCGGGAAAAUUCCUGCAUUGGGGCUCGUGUGGAAAAGCUCUGUAAAUAUGAGGAUUUUAUUGGCACGCAUUGGUUGUGGUCGAAACAGGAAAAGAACAGUUUCGGUUCAGCUGGCUCCUCACGUGCCAAUGUCUUAUGGAGAGUUUUACGUUGAUGCAACCGGGAUCCAUGGCAUUAGACAUAAACAUUGUAAUAGUAAUAGUGAAUUUAAUGAAUUCUCUGUAUGUGUAUGA